CCCGUCUCAAUCUCCUACCAACAUCUCCCCCAUCAAUCCACAGCACCGCCGCCACUAUGCCUGGCGACAUCACUGACGUCUACGCGGGUGCAAGGCACGAUCCUGCCCUGGCCGAUGGCUCUGGCGACCCCCAUCGCAGGUUGUCGCUCACUGACCAUGUAACCGAGCCGCCGCCAGUCUUCGCCGGCGAGAAGAUGCACCAGGCCGACUACCUCGAGACCGAUUCCACCCACUCCACCCUCCCCACCGAAGAGGAGCUCCACACGCUCCGCCGCGUGCCCGACAAGAUCCCCCUGAAGGCCUUCACCAUCGCCUACAUCGAAUUGGCCGAGCGUCUCUCCUACUACGGCACCACUCAAGUCUUCGUCAACUUCAUCUCCUCGCCGAACCCUGGCACCUCCACGGGCAAAGCCGUUAACCCAGGUGCUGCCGAUGCCCAGCCUGGUGCGCUUGGCAUGGGCCAGCAAGCCUCUACCGGCCUCACCACAUUCAACCAGUUCUGGGUCUACCUGGUCCCGCUCUUCGGUGCCUAUGUUGCCGACACUUAUCUCGGCCGCUACAAGACUAUCGUGUGGUCCGUCCUCAUUGCCAUCAUCGGCCAUGUGGUCCUUACUGCCUCUGCUGCCCCGGCUGUCAUCGAGAAGCCCCACAGCGCUCUCGCUGCCUUCAUCAUCGGCUUGAUUAUUAUGGGCAUUGGCACUGGCGGCUUCAAGCCCAACAUCUCUCCCCUCGUUGCUGAGCAGAUCCCCCGCGAGACCAUGCACGUCAAGACUCUUCCCAAGACCGGCGAGCGCGUCAUUGUGGACCCUGCCGUCACCACCGCCAGAGUCUACAACUGGUUCUAUCUAUUCAUCAACGUCGGUGCUCUGAUUGGCCAGCUCUCCAUGGCCUACGCCGAGCGUUAUGUCGGAUUCUACCUGUCCUUCAUGCUUCCCACCCUCUUCUUCUGCAGCACCCUCCCUAUCCUUUACUUCUGCCGCAACAUGUACGCCCGACGCGCUCCUGAGGGCAGCGUGCUCGGCCCUGCCGUCAAGCUCCUUCUUAGGGCUACCAAGGGUCGCUGGCACAUUAACCCUGUCGCAACUUGGAAGCACAUGAACGAUGGUACCUUCUGGGACACCGUCAAGCCAUCCAAGUUUGGCGCCAACAAGCCCACCUGGAUGACCUUCGACGACGCGUGGGUAGACGAGGUCGGUCGAGGCUGGGCCGCGUGCAGCGUUUUCCUCUGGGUCCCUCUCUACUGGAUUACCUACAACCAGAUCAACAACAAUCUGACCUCGCAAGCCGCAACCAUGUCUCUUCAUGGAGUGCCCAACGAUGUUCUCUCCAAUCUGGACCCUUUCGCACUGAUCAUCUUCAUCCCCAUCUGCGAUCUUUUCCUGUACCCAUUCCUGAGGAAGCGCGGUCUCCGUUUCACCCCCAUCAAAAAGAUUGCCGCCGGGUUUUGGAUGGGUUCCGCGGCCAUGAUCUGCGCUUGCGUUGUCCAACAUUAUAUCUACAAAACCUCCACCUGCGGUUCCUACGCCGGCGGUGAUGACUGCUCCUCCCCGAUCAACGUCUGGGCCCAGACCCCGUCUUACGUUCUGAUUGCCCUCUCUGAGAUCUUUGCUUCCAUCACGACGCUCGAAUACGGUUUCUCCAAGGCACCCAAGAACAUGCGAUCGCUCGUUGCGGCCUUCGCCCUGUUCAUGUCUGCCAUCUCUGCCGCUAUCGGCGAGGCCUUCGUCCCGCUCUCCACCGACCCCCUUCUCGUAUGGAACUACGGCUCCAUGGCUGUCAUCUCAUUCUUCGCUGGGACCAUUUUCUACUUCCAGUACCGCAGCUUGGACCGCGAGGAGGACCACUUGAACAUGCUUCCUACCGGCCACGUUGGCACAGCUGCCCAGCUCGAGGACGUGGAGCGGAGGCUGAGUGUGGUCAGUGUGAAGCACGAGGAGAAGAUCUAGACGUAGAAGAGUUUGCAGUGGUUUUCUUAUCUUAAUGAUAUGCUCAGCUACGAGUCAUGUGGGGAAGACAAAAAAAGUACUAUGGUAAUUAUGGUAGACAAGUGCUACGGGAACG